UCGGUUGUUCGCUCUUCAAUAACGAACUUCGACGAGAUACGUGCCAUAUUUUUAAAAUUUUGUACCUAACGAUUAUUUAAGUGUCAAAGUAAAUUAGUAAAAAAGUUACUUUAUAUUAAUCAUUCGCUCAACAUCUCUAUAAGUGCAAAUAUUCUUUGAAGCGCGUAUGUGUUUAAAACUCUUCUCCGUUGUAAAAUUAAUUUUAUAGAAAUUUUUUAUACACUAUUAAAAAAUAAUGUUGCGAAUUAUAAUAAUUAUAUCGUUUAUAUUGUUUAUCUGCUGGUUUGACUCACUGAGUGCUCAUCCUGCGGAUGAACCGACAAAGUUUAUCCUCAACAACAUACAAAAUAAUACAGAAAACAUCUCGCCUUCAAAAUUGGAGGAAGCAAAGGAAUCAUUAGGACGUGUUUUUGAUGCGAUUAGAAUCGGCACAGGAAGAUUUAUCAAUUCGAUAAUAUUGGCCAGAAACAUCAUUAUCAAUCGAGCGGAGCAAUUAAAUUCUAAAACUAAUGAAGCUCAAAAUAAUCUUGAUCCAGUAGUAGUUAUUAAGUUCGACAAGUCUAAUCAAAGCCGCAGAUCAGUGCAAAGUACAACACCGAUAGUCUUGUUCCAUCAAUCACCACGAGAAUCAGUUCGUUUAGAAAAUGAGACUGAGCAAGCAAUUUUAGAAAGACGAAAGCCUGACAACAUCAGACAAAUAUUGAAUAAUAUUGUGACGCCUACGCCAAUCGUUGAUGGAAUUAAGGAGGAAGAAAAAUACGGUAAUACAGGAGAUAAAUUUAUUGGAUUGGGGAACAUGAUCGUUAAGGGCUUCGUAAAUCUCACUAAUUCUUUGAGCACCAUAGUAAACAUCCCUUAUAAUGCUGCCAAACAAACUUCUCGAGCAGUAUCUCAAAUAUUAGACCAAUUAGGUAAACGGCUUAUUGGACUCGAAUAAUAAAUAUAAAUGUAAAUACAAAUAUGUAAUUAAUUACGAAACAUGUACAUAG